CCUAAUGGAGAGUCCACAAUAGGUGCAAAUGCUAGGCUAGUGCAAGUACAAGUACAAAUGCUAGUGUCACAGAGUUGGACUUGGUUGCGCGCGCACGGUGCCAACUGUUGCGGAGUUCGUGAAAAAAGUUUUUCCUUUUGGUUUUGAAACUUCGCCGUUAACAGCCGUUAAGUAGUAAAAUAAUCGCGUGAUUACGAUUUUUUUGACAAAUUUGUCUUAAUUUGACACCGCCCAGCACUUAUUAAUUAAAUUAUUUAUAUUCUUACGCAUUUUCAGCAAACUAUGGAGGAUCUAAACAGCCUGUUGAUAAGAUUAGUGCAGAACCAUCCGAUAAUUUACGAUAAAGCCUCGAAGCAUUAUAAGAAUAAUUUUAAAAAAAAGGAAGCUUGGGAACAAAUUGUUCUCGCGUUCAAUACAAAAGUUAGAAGCGACAUAACAGCUGAUCAAGCAUUCAAAAGAUGGAAAAAAUUAAAAGACAUUUUUGUGAAGGAAAGAACAAAAAUUAAAGCAUAUAUUCCAUCAGGUUCGUCUGCUCAAUGCCAUACAGAAAAAUGGAUGUACUACGACGAGUUGAUUUUUUUAAAAGAUAUCGUCGAUCACAAAAGUACUGUUAGUAGUUUCCAAAGACCAAAUGAGCACCUAGAAGAAGGUGAAGAUGAAGAACAUGAAGAAGAAGGUGAAGUUCAAAUACAGGAAGAAGAAGGAAGAGAAGUGUUCGAUGAUGCAGAUAUCUUCUUUUACUUUCCUCUCAAUGCACCAUCUUCUUCUCCGACCCAGAUAGAAUAUUCUGAACCAGACGAAUCAUCACUUCAAAAAAAUAAUAUUAAAAUUGAGCGAUUGAUUGUGAUAAAAGAUAUAUGGGACAACAUCCCUCAAAAUCAAAAAGUAAAUUGUUAUAAAGAAUUAAGUCAGUUAAUGAAAGAAGGAUAA